AUGGGUGUGAAGACCGUUUCCAACGAGUUCUCGAGCUCCAUCCCUCCCAGGAGGUGGUUCAAGGCCUUGAUCCUCGAGUCCCACAACCUCCUCCCCAAGCUUGCCCCUCAGACCAUCAAAAGGAGUCGCUUCAAGUUCGUCAAAUACAAAAUCGACGAAGUUGAUGAAAACAACUGCACCUGCAAAUACAGUUUGAUUGAUGGAGAUAUGCUGGGGGACAAGCUUGAAACCAUCAAAUAUGAGGUUAAGUUUGAGGCGUUUGGUGAGGGGAGUGGUGACAUUGAACUCAAAGAUGAGGACAUCCAAGCUGGCAAGGACAAGGCCUUAGCCGCUUACAAGGUCGUCAAAGACCACCUUGUUGCCAACCCCUCUGUUUGUGCUUAA